AUGGCUCCCAAAGUACUCGUGGACGACUGCGACCCCUCCAUCACCUACACCGGCUCGUGGUCCAUUCGAAGCCAAGUCGAUCCAACCUCGAAAGAAUUUAACGGAACGCGACCUUUCCCCUCCCCGCAUGUCAGUUGGGCCUACGAGUCACUGACCGCUCUCUCUAAAGGGACGAGAAUAUACAUGUAUGGGACGCUUGUGCAACCACUGACUGGGGCACCCGCCUUUAGAGUGACGAUAGAUGAUGGCGAACCAGUCGCUUUCAACAGCUCUGGAGAGAUACGACCGACGGAAGCGGAUACACCUGUGUGGUCCCACGUUCCCCUCUUUUAUAGAGGUACCUCGAUACAGCUCUAUGGAACGAUUGAGGACGGCAGUUCGCAGGCACUAAGGUUCACCCUUGAUGCCACCAAGCACUCGACCCUCUCCAUGCCACUAAACAAUUCGUUACCAAGACACAGCAUUCUUUAUCAAUCUCAGGACCUAGCUCCUGGAGAGCACCAACUGACUGUCACCUACCUCAACACGUCCUCGUCCGUCUAUCUCGACUACUGGGUCUACAAUGCACGGACAGACUCGCAAGAGCCUGACGCAGGACACUCGCCUGAUAAGGGAUCGACUUUUAAUAAACGUCGUAUGGACGCCAUCAUUGGAGGAGUGACGGCAGCACCAUCCUACCUCAAACCGUCUACUGGCGGGUCAUUGGAUAUACUGGUGUGG